GAAAACAACCUUCUCCAAGAGAGUGUCUCCAUCUUGGAAUGUAAGAAUUUCAUUGAGUGUUGUUCCUGUUGUCUGUUUAAACAACGUUGUUAACUGUGUACAGGGGUCAGGGGGUCAGAGGUCAGGGGCCAGAAGAUAAAUAUUUAGCUUUUAAGACACAAUUUCAAACUAAACUUCGGCAGACAACACUCUUAAUAUUACAGAAGUACACUCUAAAAAAUCUAUCGUAAAAGAGUGAUAGAACAUGCUUACGGCUUGAGACUGAAAUUAUCGGAUUUCAUGAGAAAUAAUACUUAACAUACUUAAACCUUUAGACAUUACCCUAACCCUAACGUCUGGUGUUGAAUAAAUGAAAUCUAGCAGGGAUUUAUUUUCUUAUAAAUAGUAAAAACUUGGGAGCAUUCCAACAUCACUCUUGGAACAGCGUAACUAGUAAGAAGAUUUAACAAUGAAGACUUUUGUUACGACUUCUUGCUUAGCAGAAGUCGAGGCUAGAAGUUCUCAAAGUUGUUUGAACAUGUUUGAGAAGCACUUGUCUAAGUGCCUAGUUGAAUAAAUGUUUGAGAAGCACUAGUCUAAGUGCCUAGUUGAAUAAAUGUUUGAGAAGCACUUUUCUAAGUGCCUAGUUGAAUAAAUGUUUGAGAAGCACUUUUCUAAGUGCCUAGUUGAAUAAAUGUUUGAGAAGCACUAGUCUAAGAGCCUAGUUGAAUAAAUGUUUGAGAAGCACUUGUCUAAGUGCCUAGUUGAAUAAAUGUUUGAGAAGCACUAGUCUAAGUGCCUAGUUGAAUAAAUGUUUGAGCAGCACUUGUCUAAGUGCCUAAUUGAAUAAUUGUUUGAGAAGCACUAGUCUAAGUGCCUAGUUGAAUAAAUGUUUGAGAAGCACUUGCCUAAGUGCCUAGUUGAAUAAAUGUUUGAGAAGCACUAGUCUAAGUGCCUAGUUGAAUAAAUGUUUGAGAAGCACUUGUCUAAGUGCCUAGUUGAAUAAAUGUUUGAGAAGCACUAGUCUAAGUGCCUAGUUAAAUAAAAUUUUGAGAAGCACUAGUCUAAGUGCCUAGUUGAAUAAAUUUUUGAGAAGCACUAGUCUAAGUGCCUAGUUGAAUAAAUGUUUGAGAAGCACUUUUCUAAGUGCCUAGUUGAAUAAAUGUUUGAGAAGCACUUGUCUAAGUGCCUAAUUGAAUAAAUGUUUGAGAAGCACUAGUCUAAGUGCCCAGUUGAAUAAAUGUUUGAGAAGCACUUGUCUAAGUGCCUAAAUGAAUAAAAUGUUUGAGAAGCACUUGUCCAAGUGCUUAAUUGAAUAAAUGUUUGAGAAGCACUUGUCUAAGUGCCCAGUUGAAUAAAUGUUUGAGCAGCACUUGUCUAAGUGCCUAAAUAAAUAAAUGUUUGAGAAGCACUUGUCUAAGUGCCUAGUUGAAUAAAUGUUUGAGCAGCACUUGUCUAAGUACCUAGUUGAAUUCUUGUUUGAGAAGCACUAGUCUAAGUGCCUAGUUGAAUAAAUGUUUGAGAAGCACUUUUCUAAGUGCCUAGUUGAAUAAAUGUUUGAGAAGCACUUUUCUAAGUGCCUAAUUGAAUAAUUUUUUGAGAAGCACUUGUCUAAGUGCCUAGUUGAAUAAAUGUUUGAGAAGCACUUUUCUAAGUGCCUAGUUGAAUAAAUGUUUGAGAAGCACUUGUCUAAGUGCCCAGUUGAAUAAAUGUUUGAGAAGCACUUUUCUAAGUGCCUAGUUGAAUAAAUGUUUGAGAAGCACUUAUCUAAGUGCCCAGUUGAAUAAAUGUUUGAGAAGCACUUGUCUAAGUGCCUAGUUGAAUAAUUGCUUGAGAAGCACUUGUCUAAGUGCCUAAUUGAAUAAAUGUUUGAGAAGCACUUGUCUAAGUGCCCAGUUGAAUAAAUGUUUGAGCAGCACUUGUCCAAGUACCCAGUUGAAUAAAUGUUUGAGAAGCACUUGUCUAAGUGCCUAGUUGAAUAAAUUUUGGAGAAGCACUUGUCUAAGUGCCUAGUUGAAUAAAUGUUUGAGAACCUUUGUCUAAGUGCCCAGUUGAAUAAAUGUUUUAGAACCUUUAUCUAAGUGCCCAGUUGAAUGUAAAUUCCAAGUGCAGGUAAUGAAUGUUGGGCUGUCAAUCAAAAUAAGCGUUUUUGAAUGUAUCGACAAACACUUGGUCUUUUUUUGUGUAUGUGUGUAUAUAAUGUGUCCGCACCAACUUACUUUAGAAUGUGUCCGCACUAACUUACUAUAAAAUGUAUCUGCACCACAUUACUAUAGAAUGUAUCUGCACCAACUUACUAUAAAAUGUGUCUGCACCACAUUACUAUAGAAUGUGUCUGCACCAACUUGCUAUAAAAUGUGUCUGCACCACAUUACUAUAGAAUGUGUCUGCACCAACUUACUAUAAAAUGUGUCUGCACUUACUUACUAUACAAUGUGUCUGCACCACAUUACUAUAAAAUGUGUCUGCACCACAUUACUAUAGAAUGUGUCUGCACCAACUUACUAUAAAAUGUGUCUGCACCACAUUACAAUAGAAUGUGUCUGCACCAACUUACUAUAACAUUUGUCUGCAGCACAUUACUAUAGAAUGUGUCUGCACCAACUUACUAUAAAAUGUGUCUGCACCACAUUACUAUAAAAUGUGUCUGCACCACAUUACUAUAGAAUGUGUCUGCACCAACUUACUAUAAAAUGUGUCUGCACCACAUUACUAUAGAAUGUGUCUGCACCACAUUACUAUAGAAUGUGUCUGCACCACUUUACUAUAGAAUGUGUCUGCACCACAUUACUAUAAAAUGUGUCUGCACCACAUUACUAUAAAAUGUGUCUGCACCAUAUUACUAUAGAAUGUGUCUGCACCACAUUACUAUAGAAUGUGUCUGCACCACAUUACUAUAGAAUGUGUCUGCACAACAUUACUAUAGAAUGUGUCUGCACCACAUUACUAUAGAAUGUGUCUGCACCACAUUACUAUAAAAUGUGUCUGCACCACAUUACUAUAGAAUGUGUCUGCACCAACUUACUAUCAAAUGUGUCCGCACUAGACAUUUUAAGGAUACAAGUGUUCCUGGUGAGCUUAUCGUGUAUGUGUAUAAAAGGAAGAUAUGUGCAACACGAUAACAGAUCAUUAUAAUGAAACAUGUUGACAUAGAAUAUCAUUAUAGUGCAACAACUCUCAUACACAAAGGUAUAAAUUUAAUAUAUAUAUGGCUGAAUUUAAUAAGAGUUGACAACUAACUGAUUGUACAUAACUUAGCGUCUGUCAGUCAUGUGUGCUAGUUAGGCUCCCAUGUUGCAGUGAAGUGUGGAACAAAUAUAACAGUCAUGAGUGGAAUCCCAACAGCUUCCACCGAAGGUGUCUGCGUCGAAUUGUUGGAAUUCUAUGGCAGGACAGGGUGCCAAACACAGAUGUCUUGGAACUUUCACAAAUGUCUAGCAGAUUCUCAGCCCCCCCCCCCUACACCCUUUUAUAAAAUAUAAAUAAUUUUUCAUUUUUUUCCCUUAAUGGUUUAAAUUCUAGAACCUUAAAUAUUAUUGUUGAAUAUAAAUAUAACGCAUAAGGUAUCCUACGUUAACAGAUUUGAUGCCGUCAUAAUUGACGGAUCAUUUACUAGUUAACUCUAUUUGUGUAGACCAGACGCAAUUGUUGUAUCAAGCAUCUACCGUUGUCCCGGCCUUUGUUUUCCCUAUGCGUACAUACAUUUCCAUUCCAUUAAACCAAAUCCAUUUUGGCAAUGAAAGAUAAUUGUCUUUGACGGUGGUAGCUGAACGUAGAGGACGACCAGCGUUCCCGUGACAUUGGAGGAUCCACAAUGACGUAACGACCACAAUUGACCCGGGUUGGAAGCCGUGGAAUCAUCGUGGAGCAAGCGAAGUCCGUAGGCGACUCUUAUAAGAUAAGCUAAGAUAUGAUAAGAUACGAUUCUUUUAUUGAUUAAAAAGAAAUUUGGUUUGUUUAGAUUGUAGAAAUUCUUUGUUAGCACAUAAACUAAAAACACAGACUGUUAUUGAAAAAUUCAUUGCUAGCAUAUAAACUAUCAUAACAAUCACACAUUGUAUUCAAACCUAUUGCAAAAAUGAACCCCAAAAUGCUUUGAAUGCAUUUGAUGAGCAUUGACGUCUCCGCCCGUGAUUGAUCACUCAUGUGAUGGUUACGCCAAUGGGUCAACUUCUGGCGAAAACACGUUUCAAAAAUACAUUGGAUUGUUUUCCGUCAAAACGUGUGGGUUAACCCAAAACUAUGUCUGCACUAUUUUGCGGUGGCUACGGUUCUUUUAAGAAAUCAUGGCAUCCUAUGUUCUGUAUCAUCCCUUGAAAAAAGUGGAAAAACUCCUUGUUUUUUUUUUUUUUGGCUUGGGGCUAAAAUUUGAUAGUUACUACCAAGUUUCAGCUGGAUAGGCUGACGGGAAGUGGGCCAAUUAGCCUUCCGAAGAUGUUGUCACAAGGAAACACACAUAAGCGAACUUAAUUUAAUGGAUCUAAAAAUAGAAUUUAAGUUGGUUGGACCUCCGUUUUAUUACUUUGGAAUCAUAACAUUUCUUUUAAGUUGAUCGAUUGAAUGAUUGAUUGAAUGAUUGAUUAAAUGAUUGAUUGAAUGAUUGAUUGAUUGAAUGAUUGAUUGAAUUCAAGACAGAUUUCGGUUUUUUACUUGCCAUUAAUUAGUUCACAAAAAUAUUCAAACUUUGAAUAAUUGACUUUUCAUUUUUUUUUUUUUUUUUGCGUGGAUGGGUGUGGGUGGUGGUGCAGAUGAGGGGUAGGGGGGGGGGGGGGGGGGGGGGACUGCGUCUCGAGAGCCAAACGGACAUCUCUGAUUCAACAUCUGAAUUGAGCCAAUCAGGUCGGCAUGAAUUUGAACUCCUUAAAUAUUUGAUCAAGUCACGUGAGCCGUCCAAAAAGAUGUCACUUUGGAUUUUAUUUUUUCAAUGGAUGGAUUGGGGUUGGGGGGCCAGGGGGUGGGGUGGGGGCGUUAUAUUCAAUUGAACACAACAUAGUUUAAAGAGGGCCUGUCACUAGAAUGUUAAGAGACAGACACCAACAUCUAUAUUUAACCUAUAGAAAAUGCAGGCUUGAGUGCCCCAACCCCCAGGGGUCGUCUAACAGGCAGGCUUGAGUGCCCCAACCCCCAGGGGUCGUCUAACAGGCAGGCUUGAGUGCCAAAACCCCCAGGGGUCGUCUAACAGGCAGGCUUGAGUGCCAAAACCCCAGGGGUCGUCUAACAGGCAGGCUUGAGUGCCAAAACCCCCACGGGUCGACUAACAGGCAGGCUUGAGUGCCAAAACCCCCAGGGGUCGACUAACAGGCAGGCUUGAGUGCCAAAAUCCCCAGGGGUCGACUAACGGGUAGGCUUGAGUACCCCAACAACCUCCCCUCCCAUACCCACCACAAAAAAAAUAAUAAUAAAAUAAAACAAAUAAAUAAAAUCUCCUGGGGCGAAAUUUCCUACCAGUGAGUUCCGGUAUGGACGAUGGUGGACUGUCUGCUUAAGUGCCAGGAUAGAGUACUCUGUCAUUAGGACCACGUGAUGGGCGGUGGGCAGUUCGCUGACCCAACGCCAGGGAAUUCGGCCAUCGGUGGUUUUUAUACUUGAAUAAUAUUUCAGUGGCUCGCUGAGAGACGGACAGUCAAUAACAGAGUGGAGUGGAGUUGUGGUGUAACGGUGUGGGGUGGGGUGGAAAGGUGGAGUGGGGUGUAUCGGUGGAGUGGGGUGUAUCGGUGGAGUGAGGUGUAAAGGUGGAGUGGGGUAUAUCUGAGGAGUGGGGUGUAUAUGUGAAGUGGGAUGUAACUUUGGCGUGGUGGUGUAAAUAUGGAGACUUGAUACGUUCUGGAUAACUGUGACUUGAGGGUUGUCAUUAACCGAAUGAGGUAUAACUAUCGGAUGUGAUGUCCAAUGUGACUUGAGGGUUGUCAUUAACCGAAUGAGGUAUAACUAUCGGAUGUGAUGUCCAAAAUGUAACUAAUUACGUGUUUUACUUCGGGAGGAAGGAAAGAGUGAGUGAGAGAGAGAGUGUGUGAGAGAGGGCAAGAAAUAGAGAGUGAGGGAGGAAAAGAAAGAGAGAGUGAGAGAGGGAAAGAAAGAGAGAGUGAGAGGGGGAAAAAAGAGAGACUAAGGGAGGGUAAUCAAUACAAUAUUGUUUUGAUCUCUGAGUUUCACGGCACAUUUCUUUCUUCUGUUCCUCCAGACCACACGACGUCCUGGUCGUCUGUCUAGAGCUGCUACUGGAUCUUAAGUGUGGACGACAGGCGCCACAGCUGGACACGGAGCAUCUUGAGUCCCCACACACACCCGACAAGAGGCACGUGCUGUCCCCGCCCAUGGGCAGCACCAGACUGGGACAGUACGAGAUGCCAGAGGCGGAGAAAGCCCGCCUCAAUGAGAGGAUGUGUCUGCGAGCCAAGAAGGGAUCCGAGGAGAAACUGUGUCUCAUCAGGAGCAAGUUGGCUCUGACGCUCCUGACAAGACUGGUACGGCAUGGGAGCAAU